GGAGCGAGAAUUAUUUCAACAGCUGUCCGUAUUCGGUAGCAGUUGGGAGCGUGGUGCGGUUGUGGUUGCGGUUAUGUGUUGUCAAAGUGUUAAGUGAAUACAAUGUGGAUGCAGUUAGCAAAAAUAUCUGUGAACGCUGUUGUUCGUAUUGACGCCGUGCUAUAAGUAUGCAGUUCUAAAGAAAACAGGAAAACAAGUACUCGGAAUGUGUCGGAUUUCAUACAUCUGUCAUUUUAAUGGGAUGAUUUCCUACAGUGAAAAGAAAAACUUGUAUAUUGGAUGGAGGAAAUCUGAUCCUGGAGACUGACACCGGCAUCUCUGAUGAACUUACGUGAACAGCUGAACACUUUAUUGAUUCAGCGGAUGUGAUUUCAGUGAUUUUACAGUGACAAUUUUUUGACAUAAAGUUUAUUUCCUUAAGUUUUUUGCUUAAGGAGCUAUAUAAUUUUUUUGUCGUGUGACAGUAUUUUAUAUUGAGUGUAUUGUUUAUAAACUGUUAAAAUGUCAUCCGCUCCGAGCCACAAACAUUUCUCACGGACCACUAACCAUCGUGGCAUUCGAGGAAGUGGUCUACGUGAAUUAAACACAGGGCUACUAGAAGGUACAGGGAACACAAUGACACAUCCCCCUCCUGGAGAAUCAGAUUUUGAAUACAUUAACUAUGGGGAAGAAGAUCAAAUGGAAAUAUAUGGAUACAAGAAGUGUCCUUGGAAAACUGCUGGGACAUGGACGCUGAUACUGCUCACAUGUGGACUAGCAAGAUUACUUUUCCACUGGAAACCAACCUGGAUGCUCAAGUCUACACACAAAAGAUGCUCACUUCAGAGUGCUGAGAAAGUGUUGGUUGCUGAGCAGUACCACAAAAGACAUCGGCGGUACUACGUGAAGACAGUGAAAACAGUGAGAGCUGACAGUGCCUUAAAUCGCGGCACAAGUGGCUUUGACUCAGAACCUUGUUGGAAUGACCACAUGCUUACAGAUGUCAAUUAUAUUGAAAAAGCACACUUGGCUGUACACUUCAGUGGAGGAAGUUUUAAAUCAUACAAUGUUUUGCGGCUUUUUCGGUGCAAGAAGCAAACUUAUGUGUGGGAUGAGGACAGUGGGGACUUCCAUAAGUUGUGUGGCUUAGACAAGCGUGUGCUUGUAAGUGUACUACAUCAGCACCAAGGAUUAACACAGCAGGAACAACUGUCAAGAAUUUUGGCAUUUGGUCCAAAUGAAAUAAUCGUUCCAGUGCAGUCAGUGGUAACACUGCUGUUUCUAGAAGUCCUGAACCCAUACUAUGUGUUCCAGUUGCUGUCAUUUAUCCUGUGGUUUGCAGAUGACUACAUGUAUUACGCUCUCACCAUUUUGGCUAUGUCAGCAUUUGGUGUUAUAAUGUCUGUAAUACAAGCCAGAAAGACACAACACAAAUUAAGAAGCACCAUACAUGCGUCUGAUGUUGCAACAGUGAUGCGGGGUCCAGCACAAACUGAAACAGUAUCAACUGAUCAAUUAGUUCCUGGUGAUGUUUUAGUGAUUCCUCGCCAUGGAUAUACAAUGAACUGUGAUGCUGUGUUGCUUACUGGCAACUGUAUUGUUAAUGAGAGCAUGUUAACAGGUGAAAGUGUGCCAGUGACCAAAACACCAUUGCCAAAUCAUCCUGACUUGCUUUAUGACAAGAAAGAGCAUGCAAAACACACUUUAUUUUGUGGAACUCAGAUAAUCCAAGCUCGCUACUUCGGACAUGAGAGUGUGUUAGCUGUUGUAAUUAGAUCUGGCUUUUCAACUUCAAAGGGAGAGCUCGUGAGAGCUAUUUUGUAUCCACCACCAGUCGACUUCAAAUUUGAACGUGAUUCAUAUAGGUUUAUUGGAUUAAUGGCAGCAGUAGCCACGAUAGGUUUUGUGUACACUGUAGUUACAAAGGUAUUGAGAGGACUGAGUGUCAGUGCCUUAAUCUUGGAAGCAUGUGAUCUUGUUACUGUUGUAGUACCACCAGCAUUACCUGCUGCCAUGACAGUUGGUAGCUUUUAUGCGCAAAAGCGCUUAGAAAAAAAAGCUAUCUAUUGUAUCAGCUCACGGAACAUUAAUAUUGCAGGAGCAAUAGACUGUGUAUGUUUUGAUAAGACAGGAACAUUGACAGAAGAUGGUCUGGAUAUGUGGGGUGUUGUACCAGUACAAAACAGUACAUUCUUGACACCUCAGAAAGCUGUCUCAUGUUUGAAUAAUGAUGAAUUUGUGUUUGGAAUGGCUACAUGUCACUCUCUGACAAUAAUUGAUGGUGAACUUUCUGGUGAACCCUUAGAUCUCAAGAUGUUUGAGUCAACAGGAUGGCAGCUGGAAGAGCAUGACAUUGAAGACACUUCAAAGUUUGAUAUGUUAUUUCCAACAGUAGUUAAGCCACCCAAGGGAAGAUACACCUCUGCUGGAAAGGACUCUGACAUAGAUGAUAUAACGCUGGGCAUUGUUCGUCAGUUCCCAUUUUCAUCUAACUUACAACGUAUGAGUGUCAUUAUGAGAAAGCUUGGUGAUGCCCAUUACACUGCUUACUGCAAGGGAUCUCCAGAAAUGAUUGCAUCCCUGUGCCAUAAUAACACAGUUCCUGCUGAUUUUGACACUGUGUUACAAGGAUAUGCUCAGGAAGGCUACAGGGUCCUUGCCCUGGCAUACAAAGGGCUCCCAAAAAUCAAUUAUGUUAAAACACAGAGAAUUCAAAGAGAAGAAAUAGAAUCAAACCUGAUAUUUCUUGGGUUCAUUGUUAUGGAGAACAGACUGAAACCUGAGACAACUGGAAUAGUAAAACAACUGAAAUCAGCUAACAUCAGGACAGUUAUGAUAACAGGAGACAACUUGCUCACUGCUGUAAGUGUAGCGCGUGAAUGUGGAAUAGUGAAUUCAUCCCAGAGAAUUAUUAUUGUACAUGGGAAGCCACCUCAGCUUUCAGGCCCUCCAAGACUUUUCUACACAAAUGCUUCUUCUCGUCUCAUCCAACGAGAUGCACCAACAACUGAACUGGUUGGUGGUGAUAUUGGUAACAGCAAUAGUAUUACAAGUGGUCUCAGUCUGGACUCCACGUACACAAGUGGCACACAGUCUCUCACAAGUAUUCAUGGAGAAGCAAUUUCGGCUAAGGAUGACAACAACAUUGAUGCAGCAGACUAUUUGUUUGCUUUGGAUGGUCAGUCUUGGGGAAUAUUGAGAGAUUAUUUCCAAGACACAGUUCCCAAAAUUCUUGCAAGAGGUGCAGUAUUUGCAAGAACAAGUCCUGAACAGAAGCAGCAGAUUGUUCAGGGGCUCCAAGAUAUUGGAUACUAUGUUGCCAUGUGUGGAGAUGGUGCCAAUGACUGUGGAGCCCUGAAAGCAGCUCAUGCAGGCAUAUCACUUUCUGAGGCAGAAUCAUCAGUUGCGUCACCAUUCACAUCAAAAGAAGCAAACAUUUCCUGCGUACCUAACUUGAUAAGAGAAGGACGUGCUGCAUUGGUUACUUCCUUCGGUAUCUUUAAGUACAUGGCUGCAUAUAGCUUAACUCAGUUUGUGUCUGUUAUGAUACUGUAUUCAAUUGAUAGUAACUUGACAGAUAUUGAGUAUUUGUAUAUUGAUCUUUUCAUUAUAACAACUUUUGCAUUCUUCUUUGGGAGAUCAGAAGCUUAUGAAGGUCCAUUAUUUAAACAACCCCCAGUUCUUUCUCUGGUUUCCUUUUCUUGUGUACUUUCACUUGUAACUCAAGCAAUCACUGUUACAGCUUUCCAGAGUGCAUCAUUUUUUAUUAUUCAGCAAGCACCAUGGUUUGAGCCAUUCAAUUCAAGUGUGAGAGAAGAUGAGGAUGGCAGUGUUGAGUGUUAUGAAAACUAUGCUCUCUUUGCUGUUUCAAGCUUUCAGUACAUAAUACUAGCUCUUAUUUUCUCAAAAGGUGCCCCAUACAGAAAAUUUAUUUUUUGUAAUGUAGGCUUUUUGUUGACAUUUGUUGUUUUGACUGGGUUCACAGUUUAUCUGAUUUUAUGGCCGUUUGAAUGGCUGAGAGACUCAUUUGAGCUAAUGCUCCCUCCUGACAUGAAAUAUAGGGUGUUGAUGCUGAUACUGGCUCUUACAAAUUUUGUUGUGUCUGCAUUCCUUGAAUAUUUCAUUGUUGAUCACAUAUUUAUACAGAAACUGAGGUAUGAAUUACCACGAAAGAACAAAUCUUCCAAAUUGUACCUUUUAGUUGAGGAGCAUUUAAAACACGAUUUUCUGUGGCCACCUAUAACAAAGGAAGUUGUCUGUGAUUCUGCUGUGUCAGAUGAAAACAGAAGGACUAGAAGGCCUAUUGUGUCAAAGAUCUACAGUGUUGAUGAGAGAAAAAACAAUAUUAGCAGUCUAAUAAGUGCAGGCUCUUCUCAUAAUAAUGAAGUUACAUUAAGUCCAGCUACUUUCUUGGAACAAAAAAAAACAAACAUCUCAUCUCUAAAUAGUGUUGAACACUUAUCAACCCAUGCCAGUAAUUCAGUGGCUAACUCCAGCUCUAGUGUUCCAGAGAUAGGCACUAAUAAACUGUCUGGUGUGAACAGUAGGAAUAUUGUAUAUACUGUUAUUAAUCCUGUUGCGGACAUUCAUGCAACUGACAGUGAUCACAAAAGUGAGGAAACAUUGACUGUGUCACCAAAGACUCUUGUAAAUGGAACAAAUGUAACAUCAUCUGUAUGUACAGUUGAAAAACUGAGCUAGUCUUUCAAUGCCAAAACAGAAGUGUAUGUGUUUCUGUUUUUGAUAAAUGUAAAAUCUAUGUAAAUAAAGUUUCCAUAUUUGGAAGUAUUUUCAGCA